AUGAGAUUGUCGACCGAGUCCAACGCUUUCCACACCCCGUGGGUCGUCCGUCUCUUGGAUAUUGGCUUCGCUGCCCAGCGCGUACCUAGUCACCCCCGCUUCCAGCAAAUGUGGGAAUUUACGCAACCCUUACCUAAGGCCAUGCUCAAGGAGAUCGAGACCCGCCGCGUCGGCGGUAUCAUGGGCGGCGGAGAUAGAAGCAUGGCUGGUACCCUCGGAGCGAACGACCACAGCUGUCUAAGUAGCGGGGAAGAGGAAGGGGGCACGGAACAGAAAUUCUUCUGGGCGCACGGCGGUAUGCUAUCCAUCAGCCAGGUCAAAACUAGAUAG